GUAGCACAGAACAGUAUUUAGUCGAUCGAACUUGACACAUAAAGCAGCUCCAGUUUGAUGGCUUUAAUUUAGUUAUAUUUUCAUUAAAACUAUAAAAUCAUUGAAAAUGCAGUUUUCCUUAGCAAUAAUAAUAUUUUUUAUAAUUUUUUUUGUACACCGUACUGAGGCUUGUAGCGGAACAGGUGGUGCCGUGCAAGGAACUGCUAGGACCAGUAAGGAUUGGUGGCAACUGGCACAAUUUUAUCAAAUUUAUCCGCGCUCAUUCAUGGACUCUGAUGGCGAUGGUAUAGGCGACCUCAAAGGUAUCACUUCAAAGUUGUCAUAUUUGAAGGAAAUUGGAGUUGCAGCGACUUGGUUAUCGCCCAUCUACAAGUCUCCGAUGGUGGACUUUGGUUAUGAUAUAGCAGACUUUUUUGAUAUACAACCGGAAUAUGGCACAUUAGAAGAUUUUGAUAAUUUGAUCAAAGAAGCCAAUACACUCGGGCUAAAAAUUAUUCUGGACUUUGUGCCAAAUCAUUCAAGCGAUAUGAAUGAAUGGUUUAAGAAGUCAGUGCGACGUGAAAAGGGUUAUGAGGAUUAUUAUGUUUGGCAUGAUGGAUAUAAAAACGAGAACGGAGAACGUGUGCCGCCCAGUAAUUGGCUGCAAGCUUUCCGUGGUAGUGCCUGGGAGUGGAAUGAAGAUCGCCAGCAAUAUUAUCUUCAUCAAUUUGCAGUACAGCAGCCUGAUCUGAACUACCGAAAUCCAGCAGUUGUGGCACAAAUGAAACGUGUACUCACAUACUGGUUAGAUCGUGGCGUAGCGGGAUUUCGAGUUGACGCUGUGCCUUGGUGCUUUGAGGUGGUCCCUGAUGCAAAUGGCAGAUAUCCUGAUGAGCCACUUAGUGGUUUUACUGAUGAUAAAGAUGACUCUGGCUAUUUGAAUCAUAUCUACACACAGAAUCAACCAGAAACUAUUGAUAUGGUCUAUCAGUGGCGACAGUUAUUAGAUGAUUAUCAGCGAAUACAUGGUGGCGAUACGCGUGUGCUAAUGAUCGAAGCAUAUCCGCCGUUGGACGUAGUAAUGAAGUUAUAUGGCAAUAGCACAACUCAAGGCGCACAAAUACCAUUCAAUUUUCAAUUUAUUGUGGAUGGAAAUGCUGAUAAAAAUAAUACACAACUACCAGCUAAAGAAUUUGUGCGAAUUAUUGAUAGUUGGAUGAAUCUCAUGCCAGCUGGCAAAACACCAAAUUGGGUGAUGGGCAAUCAUGAUCAGAGACGAGUGGGUAGCCGUUACGGUGAGCAGCGUAUUGAUAUCAUGAACAUGAUACAAAUGUUUUUACCAGGUGUGAGCGUUACAUACAUGGGUGAGGAAAUUGGUAUGUUGGAUUUGGAUAUUUCAUGGGAAGAUACACGUGAUCCUGCAGCUUGUAAUUCAAAUCCUCAAAUUUAUGAACAAUUUACGCGUGAUCCAUGUCGCACACCAUUCCAAUGGAGCAACCAAGAAAAUGCAGGCUUCUCCACAAACAGUACAACUUGGCUACCCAUUAAUCCCAAUUAUGUUUCCGUCAAUAUGGAGUCAGAGAAUACUGAUUCUAAGAGUCAUUUAAGUAUUUACAAGCAAUUGUCAGAGCUACGAAAAACCCAAACGCUGCAAUAUGGAGACGUUAAAUAUGGAGCCGUUAAUGACAAUAUUUUGGCCAUAAAGCGUUCCUUGCCCGGUGAGAAGACCUACAUUUUGUUGGCCAACGUUUUGAGUGGUGAAAUGACUGCGAAUGUCAGUAAUUUACUACGUGUCAAUGGCAAUUUUAAUACGAAAAUUGUCAAUACGAUAUCAGCACGCAGGGAGGGCAACAUAGUAUCUGUAGAUAACUUCAUUUUACAAUCCUAUGAAGCCAUCAUCGUGGAGUCUCCAUAGUAGUUAUGAGUUCUAAUCUUAAAUUCUUGAAUAAUGUAGCAUAAUUAAAUUUAAUUGAAUAAAGUUAAACUUUUAAUGACCAAA